GUGUGUGUGUGUGUGUGUGUAUAUAUAACCAGUAUAGAGGCAGGACAUCUGACAGACAAACAGACUGGAGACCGAAGCUGCAGCUCUGAAACCAGGACUUGAGAUCACCAGACCUCAGGAUGUUGUGUCCCAGCGUCUUCCAGCCGUCCCCCGUCACCAUGAGGCCUUUCCUGGACCUGCAUUGGCCGAUCCGCAGCCUGUGGCCCGAGACACGGCCGCUGUUCUACCACAUGGAGCAGGAGAUGAUCCGCCACAUGCAGGAGGUGAAGCAGAGCAUCGAGCACAUGGAGAGGCUGCACCAGAAGAUCUUCGACGAGAUCGACCACACCUCCGGCUCUAAGGGCGUCUUCAUGCCCAUCGCCUUUCAGGACCUGGGGAGGGAUGGCAGCAGCUUCGCCCUCAGCCUUGACACGAAGGAGUUCACCCCAGAGGAGCUGUCGGUCAAACAGGUGGGCAGGAAGCUGAGGGUGAGCGGCAGGACGGAGAAGAAGCAGGAUGACGGGAAGGGCUCCUACUCGUACAAGUGUCAGGAGUUCAGGCAGGAGUUCGACCUGCCAGACGGCGUCAACCCUGAGACCGUCAGCUGUUCCCUGUUGGGAGGCCGGCUGCAGAUCCAGGCGCCCCGUGAGGGAUCGUUUAGCGAUGGGAAGGAGAGGGUCGUCCCCAUCAAUGUCACCUCGGCCCCGGCCAUUACCUCUUUGUCCAGCGAGGGUCCGGAGGGGAGCAGCUCAUCCUCAGAGAUCAGCACCACAGACAAAAACUGAAGCAGCUGUUCACACGUCUGUAGUUUCAGUUUGACUGAGGGAACAUGAAACAGAUUUUGUUUUAAUAAUUAACUUCUCAUAUGACGAUUCAGUGAUAGACACAAAAAUAUUCCUUCAAUAUUCAUUCAUAACUUUAUGACUCAUUAUUAAUGUAUGGUGUUAAACUUACCAGAGAUCAGAGUGAACCAUCUUGUUUGUGAAACAUAUCUCUGACUGAGCGAGGGAACGUGAAGUCGAUUAUUUUGUUGCACUUUGAUCCCAAAAAUUUAACUGUUUAUAAUAAACUUGUGUAAACGGAUGAAAUGUUUGUUUAAUGUGAGAAACAACAGAAUCAGUUUUUACUCAUAAACCAACGACUCACAACUAAACUGUUGUUUAACAGUUUCACUGUCGAGCUAACGCUUGCUUAACUUCGUAGCUAGCUACAGCCGGUCGAAUCCAAUGAACUCGCCUGUGUGAAUAUGAUUUUAAAUUAUUUGUUGAUCACAUUUUUUAUCUCCACCACAAAGAUUUGAUAUAAAAUCUGUUCAACCAAUCCUGAGUCAGUCUCAGCUGUCAAUCAUCACGUCUGAUUCAAACCAAACUGAUCAGGAACUUGAACAAACAUCAGAGAGAAGAGAAAACCACUUCAGUGAGUUUUCAUGACGUGUGCUUGGUCAGCUUCUUUUGGAACUUGCAGUCACACCCCCGGUCGGUUGGGGUGCUGCCGCCCCUCAGAAACCCAACUUCCAGCACUCUUGCUUAGUUUGUGACUUCUGAUUGUUUCGCUCAUGAGAGCUUCGCAUGCUAGCGUCAUUUAUUUUUGUAGCAAAACAGCAGCGUCCAAUCCUGUGGUUGCAUGUUGGUGGUGGGCGGGGUCGCAGUUUAACGUAAAGAACCAGUGUUUGUUCUUUUAUUUUAAUUGUAUAAAAACUGAGAAGAUUUGAAAUUAACUUGUGAAGAUUUGAUGUGAGCGACGAGAAGAAAGA